UGCUCCAAAGUGUGUUCCCGAAAUGAAGCUGCGUGUUGGAUUAAUCGUGUUUUGUUCAGUUUUCUGUGUUGGCGCAGGUGAUAGUGGUGCCGAGUGUGAGGACAAUGUUAAGUAUUCAAUGGAUGGGAUGCUUGGAUUCGGGUUAGAGCUGAUCCUGUCCAAGUUAGAAAUAAUAGAACACAAAUUGCAGAAGACAGAUGGCAGGCUACAGAAAAUAGAGAAAGAGGUCAAGGAACAGAAAUCGGACCAAAAAAAGGUAGCUGCUUCGUUGAACGAACUUCGAUCCAACCAAAACAAAAGCUUGAACGAAAUAUGUGCCACGCUUCAGAAUCUCGACGGUUAUUUCGUGCUUAAUGUAACCGGUCUGCAAAAUCGAACUCAUGAGACGGAAGCAGGGGCAUUACAAAAACUCGAUCAAGCUGUCGGACGGGUGCCAGCAAUUCAGAACAAUGUUUUACCGUCGUCUUGCAAAGAUGUGCUGCCUUCAUCGACUGCCUCGGGAACAUAUCUAAUCCGUGCAAACAGUAGUAGUGAACCGUUCAGAGUUUUUUGUGAGCAGCGAUCGUACGGUGGUGGAUGGAUCAUGAUCCAGUACCGGUACGAUGGCUCAUUAGAUUUCUACCGUGGUUGGAAUGAGUUCCGCGACGGGUUUGGUGAUUUAAAAAAAGAGUUUUGGUUGGGUUUGGAGAAAGUUCAUCAGAUGACAAAGGCCCGUAAGCACGAGCUGAUUGUUGAAUUGAAAGACUUUAGUGGAGAAUACAAGUUCGCGCUGUAUGAUGGAUUCGAAAUAGGGAGUGAAAGUGAAGGAUAUGUCCUGAAGAAUCUCGGAUCGUAUAGUGGGACUGCUGGCGAUGCAAUGAGAAGAAGCAAGGGUCGAAAGUUUUCAACGAAAGACCGUCUUAAUGAAAUGUCUCUAGAAUGUUUUCAACGGCACGAAGGUGCAUGGUGGCAAGAGUGUUAUCCUUUUUCAAAUUUAAACGGGCGGUACGUGAAUUCUCCCGAUCAAAAAUCAAUGUUUUGGUGGCGGUUCAAAGACAGUAUAGAUGGAUUGAGUUACUCCAGAAUGAUGAUCCGGGAAUUGGAAUAGUGUUUUGAGUCGGACUAACUGCGUGCUGCGAC